ACCAUCGCGACAAUAUCAUAUGCGAUCACAUAAGAAAGGAAACAAACAGUCCAAAACUUCGACCAGUUUAUAAGGACUAUCAAUUGAAAUACACCUCGGAAUACUUAAAAUCAUAUAUUUUAUUUAGUUAUAAUACAAACACAGUGAAAGAACGCAGAUCUAUUUGUGAAUUGACAAAAAUUCUUAAAAAUUAAUAAUUUUAUGCUAGUAUGGAUGAAAUUAUAACAGUUCAUCAAUGUUUGUUUUGUCCGCAAACUUUUGGAAGUGCCAGUGCAAAAGAUAAUCACAUUUUGCAGCAUUUUGCGCAAGAAACCUGCAGAGAUUGUGACCAAAAUUUGAUUCGAAUCGGCAGUAAUUUGUACACUCUACACAAUGCCGUAACAUGUAUUAAAGUUGAUUUCAAAUCAGAAGAACCAGUUGAAGAAUGUCAACAGGUAACCAAACAAUUCGAUGAAAUUGACUCUAUACCCAAUGAUACGACAUUGAAUCCAUUGUUUGUAGAAGAUAUUGAAACAAAGCCCGAUAUAAAUGCCUUGCAUGAACAAUUUAUGUUGAUGGAUGCAAACAAUUUGGCAGAAAGUUGCGAUACUGAUCUGAAACAACAUGAAAAUAUUGAACCAAUGCCACAUUCAAAUCAAGUGGACGACUCACUUGGUGCAUCUGAAUCGAAAAGCAACCAAAGUAGUGAGUCCAAUGACUGCGAUAUCUGCGGAAAAGUCUUCAAGAACAAAUCAUUUCUAAAAAAACACAAAUCCAUAACACACAGUGCACCCGGCCAUUUUCAUUGUGAACCAUGUCAAAUAGUUUUUACACGAAAAGACUCGCUCCGUAAACAUAAUCGCGUUAAACAUGAUCCGAGCUAUGUGACAUACAAAUGUGCCUAUUGUCGUCAUGCUGUAUUCACCCAAAUAUCAUCACUGGAAAAACAUCUUCCCAAAUGCAAAAAACGAACGGAGAAAUUAGAGAGUGAAGGUGGUGCUGGUACUUCAAAGGACAAUGAGAAUAUUGGAAAUGAACUUAUCGAUGUUAAUUUAAUAAAAAACGAGGAUGAUAUUUCUACAAAAGAUCUGCAAAAUAAUCAACCAUCAUCAUUCACCGCCAUUCAAAAUAGUAAUGAUGCUCUUCCGAUCAACAUCAAUGAAGCGAUAUAUGUUAAGAAAAAACCAACUGAAAACGACAACAAAUGUGAUGUAUGCUUUAAGAUGUUCUUCGACAAAAAUAAUGUCCGGCGACAUAAAAUGUCUGUUCAUGGCGUAUCAUCUGGAUCGUACCCGUGCACUAGUUGUAAAGAAGUGUUCAUAACCGCCAGCGAUUUGAUCGAUCACAAAACGAAAUGUAAAAAAGAAACGAACGACAAUGCUGGUCAUGAAUGUACUAUAUGCAAAAUGUUAUUUUCACAAAAACAAGGCCUUUCACGUCAUAUGCAGCUAGAGCAUGAUCCAAACGUUGAAAAGUUUCGGUGUAAAUUAUGCAGCCGUGUUUAUACCGAUAAAUCGAAAUUCGAUAAUCAUCCAUGUGGAAAAAGUAGAAAGUCAGCCCCCAGGAAUCGUCAAAAUAGCUCACAAAAUAUUGUAUGUGAUAUUUGUGGAAGAACAUUGAGCGGAAAAAUACCAUUCCGAAAUCACCAAAUCAGAUUUCACAGUCCAGCCGGAACGAAUGUCUGUGUCUGUAGAAAGAUUUUUAGCACAGCUGAAGCGCUUGACGAACAUCGGGCCAUAUGUGAAUUUAAGAAAAUUAGCCGAUUUCCACAUAUACAUUUGGGCAAAACAUUCCAAUGUCAUUUAUGCCAGAAAGUUGUUAAAGAAAUAGACACGUUGAAACGACAUAUGCGACGAACACACCUGCCAAAUGAAAACUUAAAAUGUAAAACGUGUGGAAUGAUCUGUCAGACCAAUACUGAACUUCGAAAUCAUUAUGAGACAAUGCACUUGAAAAUUCUGGACCAUCUAUGUAGUUUGUGUGGAAGGGGAUUUAAAUCAAAACAAUCGCUAAGGUAUCACAUGUAUUGGCACACAGGAAAUAAAUAUUUCCGCUGUAAAUUUGAAGGUUGCGAAGAAGCAUUCUAUCAUCCAGUGAGACGACUGGUACACAUGCGAAAUCAUACUGGAAAGAAAACUUACUUCUGCGAUGUCGAUGGAUGUAAUAAACAAUUAACGACCAAAACUGGUAUCUACGAACAUAAGAAAAAAAUGCAUUUGCUUUUAAAGAAAUGAGAUUUUCGAAUAAUAUGUCUUAAAAAAUGCAUAUUUGGUAGCAAAGCAUUAAUAAAAAUGAAUAAAAAUUUAUUAUUUGAA